AUGCCCCACGUCCUAUUCCGGUGCGUCACUGCUCUUACAUCGACAGCUUCACUUUCUCUUAUACACUCGGCAGCCACCGCUUUCUGCCGAGUCUGGCCUCGCAAGUGCAUCUGCCGACCCGAAGCACGGCAGAAAUCUCGAGGCACAAACAUUGGCCGUCGCGAGGCCAUGAAGCGCUUCACAGGUCCUGCGCUCCAGUGCCGGCCUGGCGCGAGGGUCAGCCGAGGUGCGUCAUCGCUGACAUGGGCGCCUUUGCGAUGCUGCGCGCCGGUAUCCGGGAGAUUCGAAUGCGCGGGCGAUCCUGCGCGGACGGCGCGGCGAUGGAAUUCGAGCCUGCCCAAGCGGCCGCGAACAGCUAUUUUCUUCCCUGGUCAGGGAGUGCAAAAGGUCGGCAUGCUGUCGCCCUGGCUGGAGGCAUUCCCGUCGACAGCUUCGCAGAUCAUUGAUGAGAUUGACCAUUGCGCGGGAUUCAAGAUCUCCGACAUUAUACAGAAUGGCCCGUCCAAAGACCUGACAAAGACAACAAUAGCGCAGCCGGCGAUCAUGGCCACGUCCAUAUUCAUAUUACGCAUUCUCGAGCGCGAAUUCAACUUUCGAGUCGCAGAUCACUUCGAUUUCACGCUGGGCCACUCGCUGGGAGAAUUCACCGCUCUGGUUGCCGGGGGGUACAUUACGUUUGAGGACAGCUAUUAUUUGGUGCAGCGACGAGCCGCGGCCAUGUCGGAAGCGACACAAAAGGCGAUUCAGGAAUACGGAGGAGAGUACGGCAUGGUGGCGGUGAUUACGGAACCGGAAUACUUGCAGGGCUUGAUCAAGGCGAUUCGGGAUUUCGUGGGGCACUCGAGCGAUGGGAGCAAGUCGGAGAGCAGUCAGGACGUGCCGCCGAUCCAGCAGGUGUUGAUCGCAAACAUCAACAGCAAGAACCAGAUUGUCUUGAGCGGGAGCAUGGAGAGAAUCAAGACGCUCAUCGCGCAUGUCCGGCAGUUUCUGGGCCAUGACCCGCGAGCGGUGCGACUGCAUAGCGACAGCCCGUUCCACAGCCCCAUCAUGAAGCCUGCGGUUACGGUCAUGAAGAAUCUAUUGGCGAAGAAGAGUCGGGUUCCUGGCCGAGAGAAGGAAGACAUCAUCACCUUCCCAGGCCUGAUGCCCUGCAUAAGCAACGUCUCAGCCAGGCCGUUUCAGAGCAAAGAGCAGUUAAAGGACUUAUUAGCGAGAGGAUGCCUUGAGACGGUCCGAUGGUGGGCAGCCAUCAAGUAUCUCGACCAGGAAGAAAAGGUCAGACGGUGGGUUGGCAUCGGUCCAGGCAAGGUUGGCAGAAACUUGGUGGGCAAAGAGGUGGGCAUGAGAGGGAAGGACUUGGUCAAGGGAGGAGGCGUUUGGGCGAUUACAGAUCCGUACGAGGUGGAGGAGGUGUUGCGAGGGUUGGAAGAGACGUCAAAUAUAUUAGAAGAUGCAGAGGAGGAAGAAGAAUGA